GGGAAGCCUGUGGGAACGCCAGAUGCUGGUGCCUAUUUCCGCGUGCUAGCAGAGCAUGAAGUAGCUGCCGCCUUUACUUCACCAACAGCAAUUAGAGCAAUCCGUCAGCAGGACCCUGAGGCAGCCUUGGGAAAGCAGUACUCUCUGAAAAGGUUCAGAACAUUAUUUGUAGCUGGUGAGCACUGUGAUGUGGACACACUAGAAUGGUCAAAAAAGGUCUUCAAGGUACCUGUCUUGGACCACUGGUGGCAAACUGAAUCUGGUUCUGCAAUUACUGCUUCCUGUAUUGGUUUGGGGAACUCUGCAACACCUCCACCUGGACAAGCAGGAAAACCAGUGCCAGGAUACAAUGUGAUGGUUCUGGAUGAAAAUAAGGAACCAGUGAAGGCGAAGACUUUAGGAAAUAUUGUGGUAAAGUUGCCUUUACCUCCUGGAGCAUUCUCAGGUCUUUGGGAAAAUCAAGAAUCAUUCCAGAAGCUAUAUUUCCAAAAAUUUCCAGGAUAUUAUGAUACUAUGGAUGCAGGUUAUAUGGAUGAAGAUGGCUAUUUAUAUGUCCUGUCUCGAGCUGAUGAUGUGAUCAAUGUUGCCGGACACAGAAUUUCAGCAGGUGCAAUUGAAGAGUGUAUUCUCUUCCAUCAUGCUGUGGCAGACUGUGCUGUUGUGGGCCAGGAGGAUCCUUUAAAAGGGCAUGUUCCAUUUGCGCUGUGUGUACUGAGAGAAGGUAUAAAGACAGAAGAGAAGAAGAUUUUGGAAGAGAUUGUUGAACGAGUUAGAAAUAACAUUGGUCCAGUAGCAGCUUUCCAGAAGGGGGUGUUUGUCAAACAGCUACCAAAAACUCGCUCUGGCAAGAUACCACGUUCAGCUCUUUCUGCACUUGUCAGUGGAAAGCCAUAUAAAAUAACACCAACCAUUGAAGAUGCUAGUGUGUUUAAACACAUUGAAGAAGUGAUAAAGAAAAAUUAAAUGGGAUAAUAGGUUGAUAACAAACGUGACAGUUACUGAAGUAUACAAAGAGACUUUCUGUUAGGAAAUAC